AACUUGUUAUCAGCACAGCGGCACUUUUCUCUUCUCAUAAGCGCGCUCUCUCUCUUUCUCUCUCCUCCGUCCGUGUCCAACUCGUUCCAAAUUUCUCAAGACUUGAUCAGAAAUCUCAAAACCCAAAGAGCUUUCACAAAAAAUGUUUCCACAAACCCCGACUCUCACAUCCCACCUUCCACCUUCAAUCCUCCUCCCCACCAGUACCCACUUCUUCAAAUCCAAUUUCUUCCCUUUAAAACCAUACCCAUUUCUCAAAUCCUCGUUUCAGCCUCUGAAAUGCUCAGUUUCAGUGGUUCCAGAGCCCACCCAUUUGGAAUUGAGCACAAACAAUCACAAACCAUUCCCAGCUGAGGUUUCAAGAACAAUCAUGGAGUUGUCUUCUGUGGGAACUCUCUCUACCUUGACCCAAGAUGGUUGGCCUCUUGGUAUCGGUGUUCGCUUCGCUGUCGAUUCCCAAGGCACUCCUGUUUUGUGCUUGAAUGCCUCCAACAGGCAAUUCUCUAUGGAUAGGUCUACCCUCCAUGUUCAGUUAGAACAGACUGGAUUGCGGACUCCGCAGUGCACAAUUCAAGGUAGCCUUGACAAACCAGAAGACAGAAUGCUUCUCAAGAAGCUUCAUUCCAUAUGGAAAACGAGGUUUGGAGAAGAAGUGAAUGAAGACUAUAUAUAUAUCGUUGCUGUUGAACGGGUAUUUCAGAUGGAAGAUUUUACUGAGGAUGGCACGUGGGUCACAUCAUCAGAUUAUAAAAUGGCAAACCCUGAUCCACUCCGGGACUUUGCAGAAAGACUUGUGGAUGAGAUUAACACUCACAACAUGGAAGAUGUUCAUCGCUUUUCCAACAUCUAUGUUGAUUUGGAUUUCCCGGUAUUAGAAGCAAAAUUGGUUUGGGUUGACCGGUUAGGCUUUGACAUGCAUCUCACCUCUCCCCAAAACGAUACAUUUGAGGCCCGAAUUCCUUUCCCUAGAGAAGUGACAGACGAGAAGGGUGUAAAAUCAUCUUUCAACGGUAUGUCUCAACUUGCUUGGGAGGUGGAAAAGAAUUAUCACGUCCCCGAUUUCAAGAAGGUGAAACAACUGAAGAAGAUCACAUCCAGAGGAUAUUAACUAGUAAGUAACUAUGUUUUUGUGUAUUAUUUAUGCAUAGGAUAAACUUGGCCUUUCUCUUCUGUCUUGAACUAUAGAUUUCUCUAAGAGAAAUGCCCAAACAUCAUUAGUUUCAUGUUUUUGUGAGAGGUUUUCAUUCUGGCUGAUCAAAAAUUGAUGUGUUCUGAUUCUUUGAAGUUGAAAAGAUGUUUGUGGGGGAUUGGAUUAAUGCCCACAAGAAUGUAACUUUGUAGUCAUGUCUUUUUCUUCUAGAUAUCUUCUGCUUGGUCUUACCUCAUUUAUGUAGACAAACAGAGGGCUUCCAGUAGAAUUAUAAUCUCAUCAAGAUUUUCUCCCCA